UCCUCGGCGGGCGGCGGCGGCGGGGCCUGCCCGGGAGCCGCGCGCCCGCCGCACCUGCCCUCCAUGGCGUUUAUCCGGAAGAAGCAGCAGGAACAGCAGCUGCAGCUUUACUCCAAGGAGAGAUUUUCCUUGCUGCUGCUCAACUUGGAGGAGUACUAUUUUGAACAGCACACAGCUAAUCAUAUUCAACACAAAGGCAGCCAUGAUGAAAGGAAAAUCAGAGGUUCCUUAAAGAUAUGUUCAAAAUCAGUGAUUUUUGAACCAGAUGCAGUAUCCAAGCCCAUCAUUAAGAUUCCUUUGAGAGAUUGUAUGAAAAUAGGAAAAUAUGGAGAAAAUGGAGCCAAUAGACACUUUGCAAAGGCAAAAUCUUGGGGUAUUUCACUUGUUUUCAGUCAGGUAUACUUCAUUAAAGAACAUAACAUUGUUGCACCAUAUAAAAUAGAAAGGGGCAAAAUGGAAUAUGUCUUUGAAUUAUCCAAUUCAGGAAAAGUAGAAGAUGUUGUGGAGACGUUGCUUCAGCUUCACAGAGCGUCCUGCCUUGAUAAACUGGGUGACCAGACUGCUAUGAUUACAGCUAUCUUGCAGUCGCGUUUGGCCAGGACGUCAUUUGAUAAGAACAGAUUCCAGAAUGUUUCGGAAAAGUUGCACAUGGAGUGCAGAGCAGAAAUGGUGACGCCCCUGGUGACCAAUCCUGGCCACGUGUGCAUCACAGACACACACCUGUAUUUUCAGCCUCUCAAUGGGUACCCGAAACCUGUGGUCCAGAUAACACUUCAAGACGUGCGCCGCAUUUACAAAAGGAGGCACGGCCUCAUGCCCUUGGGUUUGGAAGUAUUUUGCACUGAAGAUGACCUGUGCUCUGAUAUCUACCUGAAGUUCUAUGAACCUCAAGACAGAGACAAUCUCUAUUUUUAUAUUGCCACAUACCUAGAGCACCACGUAGCUGAGCACACUGCCGAGAGCUACAUGCUGCAGUGGCAGCGCGGACACCUCUCCAACUACCAGUACCUCCUUCACCUCAACAACCUGGCCGACCGGAGCUGCAACGACCUCUCCCAGUAUCCUGUGUUUCCCUGGAUAAUCAAUGAUUACUGCAGUUCAGACUUAGACUUGUCGAAUCCAGGAACCUUCCGAGACCUGAGCAAGCCAGUGGGGGCGCUCAACAAGGAGCGGCUGGAGAGGCUGCUGACACGAUACCAAGAAAUGCCUGGGCCAAAGUUCAUGUAUGGAAGUCAUUACUCCUCCCCAAGUUACGUGCUCUUUUAUCUUGUUAGGAUUGCCCCAGAGUAUAUGCUGUGCCUACAGAAUGGAAGAUUUGAUAAUGCGGAUAGAAUGUUCAACAGUAUUGCAGAAACUUGGAAAAACUGUUUGGAUGGUGCAACAGAUUUUAAAGAGUUGAUUCCAGAAUUCUAUGGUGAUGAUGUCAGCUUUUUAGUCAAUAGCUUGAAGUUAGAUUUGGGCAAGAGGCAAGGAGGACAGUUGGUUGAUGAUGUGAAACUUCCCCCUUGGGCCACAAGUCCUGAGGACUUUCUGCAGAAGAGCAAAGAUGCACUGGAGAGCAGUUACGUGUCUGAGCACCUCCACGAGUGGAUUGAUCUCAUAUUUGGCUACAAGCAGAAGGGGAGUGAUGCUGUUGAAGCCCAUAAUGUGUUUCAUCCUCUGACCUAUGAAGGAGGUGUCAACCUAAACAGCAUUGAGGAUCCUGAUGAGAAAGUGGCCAUGCUCACCCAAAUCUUGGAAUUUGGACAGACACCAAAGCAACUGUUUGUGACACCCCACCCUCGAAGGAUCACGCCGAAGUUUAAAAGUUUGUCUCAGACCUCCAGUUACAGUGCUGCUGCAGCAGAUUCCCUGGGUGAAGAAUCUUUUGAAGACUUGACCGAAGAAAGCAAGACACUGGCCUGGAGUAACAUUGCCAAACUACAGUUGCAGGAGCAGCACAAACUGCACAAGGAGGCAGUCACUGGGAUAGCAGUCACUCUCAAUGGGGCUUCAGUCUUCACAACAUCACAAGAUUCUACCCUGAAAAUGUUUUCUAAAGAAUCUAAAAUGUUACAAAGAAGUAUAUCAUUUUCAAAUAUGGCUUUGUCGUCUUGCUUGCUUUUACCAGGAGAUGCCACUGUCAUAAGUUCUUCUUGGGAUAAUAACAUCUAUUUUUAUUCCAUAGCAUUUGGAAGAUGCCAAGACACAUUAAUGGGGCAUGAUGAUGCUGUUAGUAAGAUCUGCUGGCAGGACAACAGACUAUAUUCUGCAUCGUGGGACUCUACAGUAAAGGUGUGGUCUGGUGUUCCUGCAGAGAUGCCAGGCACCAAAAAGCACCAGUUUGACUUGCUGGCUGAGCUGGAACACGAUGUUGGCGUAGAUACAAUCAGCUUAAACACUGCAAACACACUGCUGGUUUCAGGCACGAAAGACGGCACAGUGACUAUUUGGGAUCUCAGUACGGCCACCAUAUUGCACCAGAUUCCAUGCCAUUCGGGGACCGUGUGUGAUGCGGCUUUUAGCCCAGAUAGCCGCCACAUCCUCAGCGCAGGAGCAGACGGCUGUCUAAAUGUGAUUGACGUGCAGACAGGGAUGCUCAUCUCCUCCAUCACGUCAGAUGAACCCCAGAGGUGCUUUAUCUGGGAUGGAAAUUCCGUCUUAUCUGGAAGUCAGUCUGGUGAGCUGCUUGUUUGGGACCUCCUUGGAGCAAAAAUCAGUGAGAGAAUACAGGGCCACACAGGUGCUGUGACAUGUAUCUGGAUGAACGAACAGUGCAGCAGUGUCAUCACAGGAGGGGAAGACAGACAAAUUAUGUUCUGGAAAUUGCAGUAUUAAGUGCCUUUUCCUCUCUUGAAUAUCAAGUUGAACUCUAUUUAAAAGUAUUUUUAAACCAAACUUUUAAAUGGUGAAUGUACAAUGGUAGAAAUUAGAAGUUUUACCACAAGUAAAAUUGGUGGGUUUUAAAUUUUCUAAAUCAUAAUGACUUGUCUGAAAGCCAUCCGUUGCCAUCCUCUAAGGCAGGUCCAACAUGGCAGUGUUUAGGAGAAAACAUUGCAUUUGUGAGGCAGCAAUAAUGGUUAGAAGACAAGACUGCAGGGCAGAAAGUAGCUCAGAUACACCAAGUCGGGCUGGGGAAGCAUCAGAUAGCGGUGCAGUUUACCCUUUAGCCAGCAAAUGUGCUGUAUCCUCUGCUACUUCUGAAUCACCAUUUUGUCAUCCUAAUCUACCCCAGUUGCUGCCCACAAGGUUUUUAGCAGUGUGUUUUCAUGGAGUGGUUAUUUCCUAUAAUGCUGUACCCAGAUUCUAAGAACCUGGGAAGAAUUAGAAGUUCUUGUUACAGUAAGUUUACUGUAUAUAGGAACAGUUUGUAUUUCAUUAAGCUAUUAAUUGCUCAUCUUUUCUACAUUAAAAAUAUUUUUCUGUACUGAAA